GCGCAGUAGUCAGGAGCGCAAAAACACUCAGUAGGAUACAGGACGCAGACAGAACCCGAGCAACCGCUACUAGUUCCACUUUGGCGCACUGAUUGUACCGAUGUACACAUUUUGUCAAAUUUUAGAGCUUUUCCAUCGUAUCAAAAUGAUCAAAAUUGAUUUCACUCUAACUUCAUCACAAGGAAUGAGUUUUAAUUAACCGUAUUACGGGCAAGUAACAGACACACAGCUUGUUCAUAACUGUUCUUUUUUUAAACGCGGGUGUAAUCCCUUUACGCAUCUUUAAUACAAAAUCGUGGUGAUGCUACUGGACACCGGCCACCAGAUCUCUGGUUUAGGAGUUGGCACGUUCACAAGGCAUCACUCGGCUGUGAGCGAGACGCAGGACAGAGAUAUGAGUUUUAUGGAAUCUGCUCACAUGGGCCCGUUCAAACUCAACCACCCCGAAUUGUCCUCGAGCCAGAGCGCAGCUUUUGCGCCCCAAGCUACCAGCUAUUCCGCGGCCGCUCUAGGAGUGCACGCGGCGGCGCACGCAGCCUCGUACGCCAGCUCCACUUUUAACUCCACCAGGGAGUUCCUCUUGCGCAGCCGAGGCUUUGGGGAUUCGACUCCGGGUAGCGGACAACACUCCAUUUUCAGCUCCACAGCAGGGCCUCUCCAUCACGCUCACCCAGAAGGUCAGGGUCAUCUACUUUUCCCCGGAAUUCAUGAGCAGCACGGGUCCCAUCACGGCUCUCCAAACAUCCUCAACGGACGCCUUGGAUUACCCGGUGAGGUUUACGGGCGAACGGAGCAGUACCACCAAGUGCCCAAUGCGCGGGCCGAUCCUUACAGUCAGUAUGGCCUAAAUAUGAGUAUGAACAUGGCGCACCAUCCCGGCGCUUUCUUCCGCUACAUGCGACAACAGUGCAUCAAACAAGAGCUCAUUUGUAAAUGGAUCGACCCGGAGCAGCUUGGUGACCCCAAAAAAUGCUGCAGUAAAACCUAUAGCACUAUGCACGAGCUGGUAACGCAUGUGUCCACGGAGCAUGUUGGUGGUCCCGAACAGUGUAACCACAUCUGCUUUUGGGAUGACUGUCCACGGGAGAGCAAGCCCUUCAAGGCAAAAUACAAACUGGUGAAUCACAUUCGAGUGCACACGGGAGAGAAACCCUUCGCGUGCCCAUUCCCGGGAUGUGGCAAGGUGUUCGCGCGUUCAGAGAAUUUGAAAAUACACAAACGGACACACACAGGGGAAAAACCGUUCCAGUGUGAAUUCGACGGCUGCGACAGACGUUUCGCCAACAGCAGUGACCGGAAGAAGCACAUGCACGUUCACACGUCUGACAAGCCAUAUCUGUGCAAACUGUGCGACAAGUCGUACACACAUCCCAGCUCUUUAAGGAAACACAUGAAGGUUCAUGAGGACCAAGGUCCGGUGGUCGACUCCUCUCCUACUGGAAGCUCCGGGUACGAGUCCUCUACUCCGUCCAGUUUGAUCUCUCCAUGCUCGGAAACGCACAGCACCAUGUCGCCCGACUCAGCUGCGCUCAACAGCAGCGGGCACAGCAACUUAACGUCGAAUUUUAGCGAGUGGUACGUUUAAGGACCAAAACGACAUGUAAAUAGUAUCCUAAAUGAGGGUUUUUGUUCUCAGCAUGUCUAAGAUUCAGUGUUGCACUGUGACUGAAGUAAGCCGACCAGUUUGUGACUAAAAUGAAGGAUGUUUUUUAUAGGCCUACGAAGAAUAAAAUGUAGCCUACUUUGGUAAUUGGUUUGCAAAAGACGAAGGAUGGGUGUAUUUUUUUACUGUAAGGUCAAUUGUUUUACAGUAAGGUCGUGUGAAGUUACCAUGUUUGUACAGGCUACAAUAUCCCUGUCAUGUAGAUUAGAGCUAUUCGACGUUGAUUGUUGCCAAGUAUUGGGGAUCUUAAGUGCCGAGGUCAAAUGUAGUGCGUUAAAUAUGGAUACAAUUUGUGAAUGUAUUUUAUUGUAAGAAAUUAUUUCCAUAUGUAAUAUGUUACAGAUGUCUGGAAAUCAUUCACUUUCGAGUUAGAGUAAUUUUGAGAAAAGCCUCUUGUUCUUAAAUUAUGGUUAUACUUGAUAAAAUGUACUACAAAAUAUUUAUGGAAAGCUCCUCGAUUAAAAUGUGUACAGAAUUGUUACCUUUAAAGUGUUUGUACAUUGUUAUUUAGUUUUAAGAUGUAAAUUCUUGUGAUAACAAAUGACAAGGAAAAUAUAUGAAGUCAAUAAAAUGAAA